GCCGCCGCACGCAUGUACGCGCUGCGCCUGCGGCCCGGCGAGGAGCUGCUGUCGACCUUGAAGGCCUUCUGUUUUGACCGGGGGCUCGCGUCGGCCUACGUCGCGACCUGCGUCGGCAGCCUGCAGAAGGCGACGCUCCGCCUGGCGAACGCGGACCGCCACUCGCCGAACGAGAUCAGGUCGUACGAGCAGCGCUUCGAGAUCACGUCGUUGGUCGGCACGAUCUCGCGCGACGGCGGCGCGCACGUCCACAUUGGGCUCGCGGACGCGGCCGGCGCGUGCGUCGGCGGCCACCUCAUCUCGGGCGAGAUCUUCACGACCGCGGAGAUCGUCGUGGGGACGGUCGCGGGCGCGACCUUCGUGCGCGAGCACGACGACGCGACGGGCUUCCCGGAGCUC